GCCGCACUCACACACCCGCGGUCACAUCGCCGAGCGCACAUAUACGCAGUGCUGCGGACUGCGAGCUGUAGCCCCCCACGACCGACGCUAGCAAUGGACAAGCGUGCCGAGGCCCACGCGGCCUACACCGCAAGCCGGGAGGACUCUGAAGCAGUGCUGCCAAGAUAUAGCUCGACGAGCACUGCUUCGCUGGGCCCUGAGCUCUCGGAGCACACCUUCCAGUUAGAGGACUCGAAGGGCCGGCCGUGGCUCUGGCUCACAGUCAAGAGCCGUGCCAAGGACAAGAAGACGUGGCCCCUGUACUACGAGCGGGACAUCAUCCAUGGCACCGUCGCGAUCGACUUUGACAAGACUGACGGCGCAAAAGCUGUCGCUAUCUCUGUGUCCGGCGGAGUGACUGCUGUUGGACAGGAGGAGUUAACUUUCUUGACAGUAUCCGAGGAUCUAUGGGAUAGCAAAGUCUCGGGGAAAGCUCCGAAAGGCAAGGCGUCGUGGCCAUUCUCGCUCACGUUGCCCCCAGAGGUAUCGGCUUCAAAUAAGCCCAAGGGCAAGGCGGAACUGUAUCGUCUGCCGCCGACAUUCACAGAACGAGCAAGCCCGGUGUACGUGGAUUACAAGCUCAUCGCCACCGUCCGUCGGGGGGCCUUCAAAGUCAAUCAGAUCCUUACCGCAAGCAUCUUCUACACGCCACUGUCUCGCGCAGAACCCCCCUCUCAGCUGCGUCUUGCAGCGUAUAAUGCCGAUGCCCCACUUGUUGGCCCUUCUGGCGACCCGCCGGGCUGGAAGGUUCUGCCUCCGGUACGGUUCACUGGUACCCUGUUCAACCAACGGACAGUAACCCUAGAAUGCAUAGCAGCAAUCGCAGCACCACUAUCAUUUGCAACAGGCUCACCGAUACCCCUAUUCAUGACCUUCUCCUCGUCUGACGAACAGGCCCUGGACUUACUCUGCUCGCCCUCGGCCAUCCGGCUCCAGCUCAUGCGCGAGCGGCUGCUGGGUUCGCAGGCGACGCAGAAGGGUGCGUCGGGCCAGAGCAGCAACACCUUUCGUGAACCCAUGGCGGGCGCUUACUUCUGGCCGAGCCAGGACGGCACAGUCGAGCAGGGCAAGCGGCAGCUCCAGGGCGAGAUUGACGUCAAGAAGAACCUGCGUCCGACGUUCGUUUUCCCGAGGUUUUCGCUGCGCGUGCGUACCGUUUAUACGGAUCCGCCUAUCUGUCGACCGGGCUGAUGGAAAGCGCGGAUCUUGGACAGUACUUCAUAUGCAUGCUCCCCUGUCAGGCGUCGGGGUACGUCGCGUCCAGCCCUGAUACGCCUCUUUUCACGGAAGGCGUGACAAUACAUACAAUGAACGCUAUCGGGGUUUCUCCGAAGUCGUAUGCACCGCCGGGAUAUGCACAAUCUAUGGACGGCAACUACAAUAAUGUUGCCGGAUAUCUGGAGAAUGGAAACCAGCGGUUUUAUCAUCACGGCGGAUUUCAGUAGAAGAUGCAAGUUUUCUCGAACUUUCGACGUAUCUUCGACCCUGUACCAAAUGCUCCUCAUUUCCCGCAUGCUUCCUCCCACUGCAGCAUGGAUAUCCGGGUUCUGGACCCUUAUGUAGCUCUCUACGGACACAUGUAGCAUCCUUUAAACACUCGAGCAGAAUGACACUUACGACAUAGGUUAU